AAGAAUUUGAAUUUUAUUAGUCAUAAAUAUUUUUCAAAUAUUCCGUGAAUCGACUUAAAAGAAAUAAUUCUAAACUGUGAUUUAAUAUAUUUUAAGAGCUAAUUCUAAAAGUUAUUGUAUUAUAAUAAAAUGGGUUGCGCCAGCAGUACACCUAUGAUUGCGACGGCGGGCAGUGAUAUGUUGAAAGCAGCGACACAUGUUGCCUCAGAUGCAGCAAAAGGUGCUGAGAAUGCAGUGGAAGAGGUGGCCGAUAGCGUUGGCAAAACACUUGACAGCGCCAAAGAGACGGUUGGCACUGCUGUAACAGGUAUCGCACACGAUUUGAGUAAUGUCUUUACUGAGAAGUCAGGGGAAUUAGAUACAGCGAAAAAACAGCUUUUGGAGCAUUUGCAUUUGGGUGGUGCGGCCGAGACACUGGAACACACAAGUGACACAACUGGAAAUCAAUUGGACACAAAAGCUUUGGAAGCGGCUGCACGCGCUCCUACACCACCACCUGAUUUGGACAGCUUGAAAACAUCAACACCCGAACCAGAAAUCGAACGAGCAAUGGCCAAUUCGCAUGAGGAUACGCCGCCUACACCUAAACCGACAAUCGCAGAGUUGGAAAAGUUAACGGCGGAAGUCAAGCAGACAUCACAGACAACAGCAGCAGCGGCAGCUACAGCGACAGCGACAGCAGUCACGGAGGGCAUUGGCGAGGCAAAACAUGCGCCAGCGGAGGCGCCAGCUGCGGCCACUGAACCGGCCGUAGAUAUGGUUGCUUGGCUGGCUGCAGAGAAACGUCCCGGCACCACCGAAUGGGAAAAACAUGCCGAUAAUUUAUCGAAAAAACAUAGAGUGAAUGAAUUUAAAGGUGGUGGUAAAUUUCGCCGCUUUGGACCACCUAUGCCCACGCUUAACUAUACCAAAUCCACCGAAAACAUGAAACGUGCACUUCUGGAGGAUGAUAGCUGCAACAGUGAUGCCUAUUACACCAGCCAUAGCAGUCCAACAAAUUCUGAUAGUCCAAAGUUGAGGCGUGCACGUCUACCAAUUAAUGGCGUACUUGCAACCAACGCUAGGCGUAUGCAGCGAGAAUUUGCAACAUUUGUAAGUAAUCGUCGCUCUAAAGCAAGUGCACUACGCUCGCUUACGGUUUCUCCAACUUUCGGUCGCCGAUUCGAUUACAAUUCGCAACGGGCACGUAUUAUUUCGCCAACACCUUCGUUAAUGGGCUACUAUCGCUCUGGCUACUCUUCUCCAGUCGUUGUAAAUCCGGAAUUACUGAACUCCCGUCCUCUUAAGAUGAAAAUAGGCUUUGCAAGUCCGCCUUUAACGUCUCCUCCAUCUAAUAUGGGACGGACGUCGAGAGUCACUGCACUUUCGAAAUCACCACUAGUAAAUAAUGUAAUAACACAACCCAAAUUGAAAUCGACAAAAGCAUUUGCGCCAUUAAGAGGUGAAACCGUUGGUCAUUCAAGGAUAUUUGGGCAAACGCGGACUGGGUCACCCGUUAAUAGAAGAGUAUUUGCAAAAAAAUCGGGUGCGCUGCCGCAUGUAGAAAAGGCGCGUGGUUUAUAUGCACGUUCUGGAUCACCGUUGAGAACGCGAACGCUUAUACAAGGAAAGGUGGAGGCGGCUACGAAAGCAAAACCAGCGACGCAAAAGGCUGCAACAAUUAAAUUGGAGCGAGAGGCUAGUGUCAAGAAGCGUAAAGAGUCUAUAACGGAAGGAGUUCCAGCAAAUGGAUUCUCAUUAUCAAAGGCAUUGUCGCCAAUUAAAAUGGCAGCUGAAAUGCAUUCAUUACCUCAUUCAAAGAGUGAAGAGCAAAAAUCAGCAACUAUUGCACACUCUUUGUUGGAAGUUGUGGAACAAGCUGUGGAUCUUAAUGGGAGGCAGAAAGAGGUAGCAAAAAUAGCGCCUGAGAAAAAUGUAAGAGACGACAUAGCACUUAAAGAAUCCAAAAAGGUAGAAACGAUGAAUGAUGAAGGGGAGAAUGAGAAAAAAGAGUAUAAUGAAAGUAAAAAAAGUAAUAAAUUGCAGAAGUCACCCAACAGGGAACAUCUUAAAGGAAAUCAAUCUAUUGAAAAGUCUAAUAAACGGGCUGUGGGUACAAGUGGAACGAAAAAUAUAGCUGAGAAUAAUGAUGCGAAUUCAAAUACAGGUUCUAGUUACAGCAAAAAAGGCACGCCAAGCCCGGGACGAAACUGCAAAAACCGUGACGAAACUUUAAGCUCCCAGAAGGAUGUGUGGCCUGUAGCGACAAGUAACACGCAAGAGAGUAAUGAGAAUAAUAUCUUGACUUCGAGUGUUAGUUCUAGUCACAGUAGCACACAGACUCUGAGUUCGAGACGAAACUCCAAAAACCUAGACGAAACUCUAACCUCCAAAUAUGAAUUUAAUAGAAAGUCGAGUGUUUGGGCUGGGGGUAAACGUAAUGAGAAUAGUACAGCAUAUUCAAGUGCAAGUUCCGAUCGCAGUAAAAAACAGACUUCCAGCUCAAAGCGAAACUCCAAGGUCUUAAAAAGUGCUGAAAGUAAAGAAACUGGUGAUUCAAAGAAACACACAACUAAUGAAGAAGGAGUAAGCCAACAAAUUAUCAGUCCUCGCAGUAUUUCAACUCUUAAUAAAACUCGAAACUUAGCAAUCGAGGGACGUUUUAGUAUGAGCCCAACCAAAAGAGAAACUCCAAAUUACGCAAACAAUUCAGGACAACACAACCAUUGGACGCAUUCGAGUCAAGAGAACAGGGGACAGUCUAGAAAAAAUAGCCCGAUGAAUGUAAAUAUUAGGGAGGAUAAUUCUAAAAAUUUGGAAAACCUUAGUCCAAUUCCAAAACAAAAACAUAAUCUUAAAAACGAGCAUUAUAAAGAUGAGCUUCAAAGCAUGAGAAAUAAUAGUACGCUUCGGAAUGAUACGAAAGCAAAGCAAAAGAGUAACAGUAAUAAUAGAAGCCACUCGAGUUUGUUGGAAAAUAACUGGAUUAGUUCAAGCAGAAGGAAUAGUAAAGUUGAACUUACAAAUGUUGGUAAUCGAUCAGAAAAUCAUGAAGACAUAAGCGCCAUACUUAAGCGAAGAAGCCCCAGCCCCAGAAAACAUAAUAAAUCAAGUACUUACCUUGUGAAGGAUAUUACUGCUGCAACGAUGAAAAAUUAUGAAAAUAAGUUAGACGUUGGGAAAACAAAAAAGUUGAACACCCAUAUAAAUUGUGGCAAAAAUCACAGUUCAAAUAACACUGGAGACAAUAAUGGACGGCUUAAUGGACCUCAUGUGAAUUACGGGUAUGGAAAUGAAAACACUUCAAAUACAGGUAACAAUAUAUUGAGUAGUGGAACUAUAAGUGACUCCAAACAAGAAAGAUUAAACCAUGCAGGACAAGGAAAAGUUAAUAGAAAUAUCAGUGAUGAUAUCAAAAUUAUUCAAUGUCAAAAUCAGGAGCAGAAUGUCACUGAACAUAAAUUACAACGUUCCACAAAUUCUGCUAAUAAUCAAGCAGAGAAUGAUAAUGAAAGAAAUAAUCAUGUGAUUAAUGGUCAAGGUGAGUCAAACGCAAAUAAUUUAACACACCAGCAAAUCACUACUCCCACUAACAAACCAACAAAGGCCAUUGAUCAAACGAAUUCUUCAAGUCAUAACUCUUUCAAUAGUUCACCAUCGAAAUCAUCAAAGUCUUCCACUAGUAUUGUCAUAGGUACAAAUUUAUCAACACCCGUAACUGAAGAUAACUGUGAAGGGCCACUGAGUGAUCAACUAUCGGCAGCACUAGCACAACUCGAGCAAUUCAACGAAUCAAUAGAUGAGAACAUUUUUUCCCGCAACAGUUGCAGUGUGGAAGAAAAGUCUCAAGCCGAUUUAUACGAAUCAUCAUGCACCGAUCCCGAAAAUAGAUCUCGAACCGAUUGGGAAGAGACAAUGAACACCGACAUGAAUACGAGUUCUCUUUCGAUUGGGGAUACCUAUUCUUCUACCUCCUCUGUAGAAGACUUACUCAAUGCGCUAUCACCGCAAACUGCUUACCUCAAUCUGGGACGAAGCACAACAAUGAUGACGCUACGUUCCGCUACGCCGAUAUUCAGUGCUUCCUGCUCCUUUCGCAGCACGCCGCAUGGUUCGCCAAAUAGACGAUCUCACAAGCAUUAUUCGACAUGUAGCAGUUAUCAGAUGGAUAAAGUGCCUUUCGUUGACGAAUUCAGUUCGGUUGCGCGUAGUCGGUUGCUCCAACUGCCAGUUAGCCCUUAUAAAGUCCGCGCACGCUGUGCUGUGUGCUACAAUAAAUAUGUGAUAAAGUAA